AUGGAAUUGGUGGCAAUAGAUGUUUCUAGUGGCCAUGUGGCCAGACUGACGAAUCACAGUCAAUGUCACGGUAGUUGGCAGGUAGUGGAUGUUUGCCAAGACGAUAUCCUUGCUGUAGUUUCCGCUCCAAACCGGCCGCCUGCUUUGCUCCUCGGAAUUAUACCUGCGAAAGGUCAAGAAGACAAGAUGGUUUGGACUCGACUUGACAACUGUUCGAUCAUUGAGAAACGGAAAAAAUCUUUUGAACUACAACUGGCAGCUCGUUGGCUUCCAACGCGAGGUGCAGUUUUGAUCAGUGAGACGCCAUAUGAGGGGGUACUGAUGAUGCCAAACGAGGGUGAAUCUCUACCGUUGGUUGUUUGUCCUCAUGGAGGACCGCACGGCGUCUCAGUUGCUGGAUGGCCUCGACGAAGUGUAACUUCUUUAAUCAAUUCUGGAUUUGCUUUUCUCUAUGUCAAUUACCAUGGAUCGCUAGGGUUUGGAGACAAAUUCGUCCGGUCUUUACCAGGUAAAUGCGGCAAUCUGGAUGUCAAGGAAUGCUACACGGAGCUACAAACAUUGUUACGCCUCCUCUCUUCCAAGGAUUUCACCGCACAGGUCACUUCAGCUCACAGAAAGUAG